GUCUAUAUGCCGUUCACUAUCCGCCCGAUCGACUUCCUCUAUGUGCUAGGAAGCGACAUAGAAUCAUAUCAACCGAUAAGCACUUCUUUACCUCCUCUCUUAUCUUCCGACCACCCACUUGUUGAUUGCCUUCGACACACUCUCGCUCUUUCUGCAACUUUUGACCAGUCCCUUGCCACACCCGUGUCUGACCCUUAUGUUUUGGCUAUUCUGCACGACACUUGGUGCCCAGGACUGGACCUUCUUCUCGCCUGGAUCCAGGUCCCAUCACCGAACUCUGGCUCAACUGAUGCGAUCCUGUCUGCAAACUCAAGGCCAACUGAUGGCCCUGCCUCAGGCGUUGAUAUUGACCAUGUGGAUGCAGCACAUCGACUUGCUUCCAUGCUUCACGAUCUCUGGGAUCAGCUUUUCGAGCCGUACAUCUCCGAACAAUCUAUGCUCCAAAACAAACGCGUUUCUACCAGGCUCUAUUCCUCCCAACCUCAGCCCCAAACCCAGAAUCCUUCCCUUGUCUCCUUUCCAUCAAGUAACUUAUCGGAUAUUCAGUAUCAGUCAUCCCUAAAUGAAGCUGCUUUUUCUGCAUCUACAACAUCGGCAGUCUACCGCCAAGCCCUCGAUCAACCGGCUAGUUGGCUCAUUCGACUUCGGACCACCGCCUGGUUGCCAGUCAUUCGCUCCUUGAGCUGUGGUAUUCCUAAGCCUAUCCUUAUGCCACCUUAUGGACCCACACUUAGUAUGAUUGAGCCUCAGCAUUCAAGUGAGCCUGUCUUGUGCACAACUAAUAUGGAUACCGCGACGCGAACGGCUUCCACUGACGAGCCAUGUCAUCCACAAUUUGGUCAUGUAUAUGCCCCUUCCGCAUUCGUCUCCAUCCUGUUUUGUCCAACAAUGUCACACAUAGGCUCCACCGAGUUAACAAAUCAAGGUGACUCUUUAAAAAGCCGAACAAUGGUUGCCCCCAAGCGUCAGGCGCUUCUUUCAACAUCUUUUGGUACUCCAAACUCAGAAGGCCUGCAAGAUGUGGAGCCAAUUUUACCGGUUUUAACCAAUCUUGCUGAGCUGAUGGAGUGCGCUUGUUCAUUUUGGUCUGUAGGCCCUUAUAUCUUGAGGUCUCCGCCAUAUCGCAGUUUCAUGGACGCCCUCGUAUCUCUUUCUAUUUAUACAUCUUGA